AUUAUAUAAAGAUGUGAUUUUAGUAAUGUCUGGUUUAGUGAGUUAUUCCGAUAGUGAAAAUGAAUCUGCAGAUGAAAUGCAAAAUGAAAAAUUUGAAACAAAAAAAACAGAUGUGCAAUCGAAUAUAGUUAAUACCAAGAAAAAAAGAAAAAUAAUAGAUUUAAAGAAUUCAAGUCAAAAUUGUAAUAAAAUAAUUCCAUUACCAGUUCCAAUAUCAAUACAAAAAAUGUUUUCCUCACAGAAUAUCGAUAUAGCGUCAUCUAGUAUCAAAUUGGUUGCAAACUUAUCUACUAGCAGCCAAUUGAAUAAAAAGUUACCUAAUAAGGUGAGGACAUUUGAACAUUUUGAAGGAAACUGGCCGACAUAUGUUUUUACUCCUUUAACUAUUAAUUCCAAUACUUUAUCUCUUUACAAUUAUCUUGUACAUACCUUCAAGGAUUUAAGUUUAACGUUUUUCCAGCUUGAUGAGUGUCACAUCAGUUUAUCUCGAACCGUACCUAUCAGGCAUUAUUGGAUGGAACCAUUAUAUUCAAAGCUCAAAGAUUGUAUCCCUCAGCAUUCAUUUACUUAUAGUUUUUUGAAUAUUAAAGUUUAUGUAAAUGAUGAAAAAACUAGAACUUUUAUUGGAGUGGAAAUCAACUCAGGUUAUUCAAAACUCAAAGAAAUAACUGAUAGUGUUGAUAAAGUAUUUAAAGAAUUCGGUUUAGACAUUUAUUACAAGGAGCCCUCUUUUCAUGUUAGCUUUGCUUGGUGCCUUGGCGAUAAAAAAACAGAAAUAGAAAAAUAUAUUGAUUCCUUUUCUCAAUUAAAAGACCAGUUUAGUGUUAUUGCUUCUAAGGUUUGCAUGAAAUGUGGCAAUAAACUUUUUCAGAUUUGCUUACAAUAAAGUGUUUUGAAUAUUCAACACUUACCUCAAGCAUUUUUUUUGUUGACUUUUCAAUAUUUUUAAUUGAAACUUUCAUAGAUACGACUAUAAA